AUGGUCUCACUCCCCACCGCCGCAGCGGGCGCCUUAGCCGGAACAGCCUACCUUAACGCACGCUUCUCCCUGGCUCACGACUGGCUCUUUUUUCGCAUUAUCGGCUCGACCCUACUUGACCUUGCCUGGGCCAAGCGCGUUGACAGGAUCAACCUUUUCUACGUUUUGGAGAAGCACGCACGCAACGAUUUGUUGGCCGGAAAACCCUUCGUUCUUUUUGAGGGCAAGGAGUACACCUACGCGGAAACGUACGACACGGUGCUGCGCUAUGGGACAUGGCUGCGGAAACGUCUCGGGGUCCGGGAACGGGACAUUGUAGCUUUGAACUACCAGAACUCCGAGACCUUCGUGUUCUUGUGGUUUGCAUUGUGGGCGAUUGGUGCGAAGCCGGCGUUCAUCAACUACAAUUUGCAGGGCGCGGCCUUGACGCACUGUCUCCAGAAGUCUACAGCAAUGCUGGUUCUUGUUGAUUCCCUCCUCGAAAGCAGCCUCACGGCGGAGCUUCGAGAGGGAUUAUCCGACGUGAAGUUUGUGGUCUUUGACCCUGACGCCAAAUCCGAGGCGGAGGCUCAAGUGCCGGUUCGGUAUACGAACGAGGUCCGGACGGAGCCGGACCCGGCUAACAUGGCCCUCUUGAUCUAUACCUCUGGUACCACGGGCAUGCCGAAGCCUGCGAUAGUGUCAUGGAAGAAGAUCUACGCCGGGGCAGCCCUCUCGACGAAGGGGACAAGCGCAGGGCAGAAAGACAUCUUCUACACGUGCAUGCCCCUCUACCAUAGCGCCGGUUCCUGCUUAUCGGUCUGUAGCGCGCUGUCAGUGGGGGCUACAGCGGCCAUCGGCCCGCGGUUUUCCACGAAAACGUUCUGGAAGGAAGUACGCGAGACAAAGUCUACGAUUAUCCAGUAUGUCGGUGAGACGUGCCGGUAUCUAACGGUGGCGCCCCCGGAUAUUGAUCCAGCGACUGGGGAGAACCUUGACAAGAAGCAUUGUGUGCGGGCAGCGAUGGGGAAUGGGCUGCGCCCUGACGUGUGGGACCAGUUCAAGGAGAGGUUUGGGAUUGAUACCAUCUUGGAGAUAUAUGCCGCGACUGAAGCUGCCGCGGGACUUUGGAAUGCCUCUCGGAACGCCUUUGGUAAAGCUGCUAUCGGUCGGUUUGGGUUGUUGUCUAGCAUUAUCCUCGGCUUCCAAACAGCGAUUGUGCUAGUUGACCGCGAAUCCGAGCUCCCGUGGCGAGAUCUCAGCACGGGGUUUUGUCAACGGGCUCAUGCCGACCAACCGGGCGAGUUUAUUGUCCGUUUACAGGCGAACGAUAUCAAGCGGGGGUAUCAGGGGUACCAUGGGAACCAAGCUGCAACGGACUCCAAGGUUAUACGGGACGUGUUUAAGAAAGGAGACGCCUGGUUCCGUUCAGGGGACAUUCUUCAGUGGGACGGUGAGGGGAGAGUGUAUUUCAACGACCGGAUUGGCGAUACAUUCCGCUGGAAAAGUGAGAAUGUUUCCACGACCGAAGUGGCCCAGGUUCUCGGCCUGCAUCCAGCCGUCCAUGAAGCCAACGUCUACGGGGUGCAGCUCCCACAUCAUGAUGGGCGGGCUGGAUGCGUGGCGAUCGUGCUGGGAGGUAACACCGCAUUUGACGACCACGAGCUCGAGCAGGUCCUAGCGAGUGUAGCAGUGCAUGCUCGACAGAGGUUACCUAAAUAUGCGGUACCGCUGUUCUUACGGAUGGUCAAGGAGGUGGGGAUGGAGACCACGGCGACGAACAAGCAGCAGAAGCAUAGACUGAGGGAGCAGGGCGUUGAUCCUGCCGAGGUGCAGGGGGAUGCCUUGUUCUGGUUGAAGAAUGAGACGUCGAGUUAUGUACCGUUUACUCGGGCAGACUGGGGGAGACUGCAAGGAGGGUCUGUUAAGUUGUGA